GGGCGCGAAUCGCGGACGGGAAAACAUCAACGGUGUUUCAGUACCUAGUGCAAGUUUGGCAGUAGAGGUGAACUUGGCUCCUCUGCCAAUCUAAUGGAACAUCGUUCCCUGGACCAAGUUUCAGCCGCGAUUCUCAACAAUUCAAACAUUCGUCGUGAUUUUUGCCGUAAACAACAAAUCCUUUUGCUGUUAUUAUGUUGUUUAAACGGAUCAUCGAAGGAAAGUCGGUGCUGAAUGGUGACGUUAAGAAGGAUAAGUCUCCAGAGAAAUGUUCUAGAAGGAAAUCGGAAUGCAACGGCUGUGGGGAGCAUUCUACUAUUCUGGAGGAACUGAUGAAGUUGGUACUACUGGGUGUGGUGCUGUGGGCGGGAGUCACGUUCGGAAGUCGUGUUGCUCCCUACCCCUUGAAUCUGAUCAUGAAUACAGAAUUCUACCAUCCACCACCGAUGUAUGAUUUCCCAUUUCCGAGCGCAGAAAUGCUCAAGAAACUGCCACCCAUAACUCCUGCUAAUACCAACAAGUCGAUUAGUAUCAGUAAGAUGACAGUGGCAAUGCUUGAGCGUUUAGAAGAGAACUUGGAGGCGUCAGGGAUAAAGCCAAAACAAGGAUCUGCCGCCCAAGGGCUGGCGAUCAUCGGUCUACCCUCAAAAGACGCAAUGAAGUAUGAAAAAUCUUCGAUGACGAUUACAAAAGCAUCGCAAAAUCUUGUUUGGACACGUUGUACUAGAUACGGUUUGGAGAACGAUGAGUGCGCGAGCUAUAUAAGUACAUUGAAUCUUCGUGAGAGUGAAUAUGGCGGAGAUUGUGCGCAAUUAGAGAGGUUUACUUGUCGCACAAACAAGAUGUCGUCAAGAUACCGUACUUUUGAUGGAUCCUGCAACAAUCCAGUUCGUUCGUCCUGGGGCCAGGCGCUUACUGGCUACAAACGACUCCUACAUCCAAGAUAUGCUGAUGGAAUUGAAGAGCCCCGUCGGGCGCUGAGUCACAAGGAGCUACCGUCGGCUAGACUCGUGAGCACCGACUUGGCUAAUAACUCGGACGUGCCAAAUGAUAGGAAAACCAUCGCAUUGGCUGUAUGGAGUCAGUUCAUCUACCAUGACUUGGUCCAUACACCUGUGAGGAAAACAAUUCACACGGACCAGACAAUCCGCUGCUGCGACAAUUCAGGUUUACAUCUGACACCACGAUACUUGCAUCCCAGCUGUAUGCCCAUAUCGGUGCCUGAUCGGGAUCCUCAUAUGAACGUUUGUAUGGAGUACACCCGGUCAGUGACAACUUAUCGCGGUGACUGUACUUUUGGAGCCGCGGAACAGAUGAACCAAGCCACCCACUUCCUAGACGGAUCUCACAUUUAUGGCGCAAAUAGCCGCGAUGCUGCAUCCCUCCGUGAAAAGAGUGGCGGUCUGCUGAAGACCUCGAGUAUUGAUGAUGAAGAACUUCUUCCGUUGGUGGGCAACCCGUCUGAGAAGUGUCUGGUGAAUAAUGACGGAGCCUGCUUUAACACAGGAGAUAUCCGCGCUAACAUGCAUCCAUGGCUGACGGCGAUCCAUGCUCUGUUUGUCCGAGAGCACAAUCGCAUCGCAAGGAGCUUAGCCGUUUUGAACCCUGCCUGGAAUUCGGAUAAACUUUAUCACGAAGCGAGGAGGAUCGUUGUCGCCGAACUACAACAUAUUACAUAUAAAUAUUGGCUGCCUGCGCUUACUGGAAAAUCCAUAGACCAGCUAUAUGACAGCUAUGACGUCGGGUACAAUUCCGACAUAGAUCCAACAAUCACGAAUGCCUUUGCGACCGCUGCUUUUCACUUCGUCAACAGCCUCCUUGAUCAGGACAUAUUACUCAUCGAUGGCAACGUUACAACACAACGUCUAAAGCAAACUUAUUUCAAGCCAGAGUUAAUUGCGAAGAAAGGAGGUCUGGAAAGCGUUCUACUGGGCAUGGCAAGCCAGAAAGCUCAGGAUUUGGACUUCAAUUAUGAUGAUGAUUUACGUAACCACUGGUUGGGCAGCCUCGACGUACUAGCAGUUGACAUACAGCGCGGAAGAGACCACGGAAUUCCCGGAUAUUCCCAGUACCGUACACUUUGUGGCUUAUCUGUUGCGACUAGCUUCUCGCACCUGACUGAUGUUAUUCCACAAGAGAUGGUAGACAAGUUGUCCCAAAUAUACGAGCAAGUGGGUGACAUUGAUUUGGUUGUCGGUUUGAUGGCUGAAUCUCCGCUUCCAGGAUCUUUGAUUGGACCAACUGCUACAUGUUUCUUACGUGAACAACUAUGGCGCACGCGCAGCGGUGACAGAUACUUCUACACGCACACUCACGAAGCGGGAAGUUUCACAAAACGUCAAAUUGCGGAAAUACGAAGGGCGUCACUCUCUCGUUUGAUGUGUGACAAUCUUGAAAUUGCUGGAGUUCAGAAGGAUGCGUUCCAGCCUCCCAGUGAUAGCAACCCUAUCGUAUCUUGCGAUGAAAUCAAAAGAAUGAAUCUCGAAGCCUGGCAAGACCCAUCGGAGCAACCCGACAUAUUCACACGCACCAACAGCUGGCUCAGAAACAAGGUUGCCAGUUCCAACAUUACUAAAUAGACUGAUAUGCACUUUAUUUUUUAGGGUAAAACUGUGAACGAAGACGAGGAAUAGGGUAAAAGUACUUAGAGGUUUUUUGGCAAACAGUAAAUGGCUUAAAUUUUUCGUGUUCGUUCAUUUGAGUGCCGUUUGAGGUUAACUUUGUGUCUUAUUUUAAUAAAUAAUAAUAUAAAAAGACAGAUUAAUCGUUUAUUUAAACUUCUCAUAUCUAUAAUUUUGUUGUCUAAGUUCAAAUCUUAUUAUAUAUUCUACUCUUAACGUUAACGAUAGUUCGUGCUUGACUUGUGACCACAGAUUAUACACGCAUUUAUGGUUGUGUGAGUGAAAUGACAAUAUGCUGAUAAGCAUUUAAUUGCACUUUUAAGUUUCAGUAUUUUAAUUAGAAUAGGGUCACGUUUAAGGGGACUUGUCGAGUAUGAUCCAAGUCUUGUCCUUAUGGACGCCAUGCAAAGUGGCUGUGAUAAUGUGAGUUAGACGAUCUAGACUCUAGAGAGAUGUAAACGAUUUGUCGUCUAACUUUACUGUCAAGCACUUGGCAACAUUAUAUUGCAGGGAAUUUAGUAUUUAGUCUCGCCAUCAUUCAUCAUGAAAAGUUAUUUAAUGGCCGCAUUCAUAAAGUUAUCUAGUUUAAUAUUGUAAGUUAAGAUAUUGUGUAUGUAUACUGUACUGUGUGCAAAAUCAUACUAUUUUCACAGAACACAUUACUUCUAUAAAAAGGCUAUGAUGCAAAUGGCCAAUUCCUUUAUUAAUACUACUGCCAUUUGUAGUCAAAUUACUCUGUUCUUAAUUUUGGUCACAAUUUCAAAACGUAUUGUAAUGUAAUGUACAUUAGUUAAACGUUAAAGUUUUGAAAUUAUUUGGCUGUGUUCGUUCCUAGUUCACUGUCUAUUUUUCAAGUUCUCGAAAUUAAAAAAUCGGAAUACGAAAUUUAAGAAAAUAAAAAUGGCGUAUGCCAAUCGCCAAAGACUGGAUUUUAGGUUAAAUUAUAUUGUUGAUAAGAAUCAUUGUUACAUUGAAGUCUGUAAAAUUUAGUAACAUUAAUAAAUAUGUAUGACUUCACUUACUUUUGCUUUAUGAAAUUUGACCGAAGCUUUCUCUUUAUUUAUGCAUUAAUUGUUAUUAAAGCACAAAACUAUCAAAUUUCUACUUUAAUGUUAUUUAAUCAAUAUUUGAUUUGUUUUUGAAUAAAGAAACAGUUCACUUCUGGAAGGGCUAUAUGCUUUGUUAUAAUCUUUUGUAAUUUGUAAUAAACUUAUAAACAGCCAGUA